CAAAAUACGGCUUUUCAAGGUGGCGCGACGGCGUUUAUAACGGGGGGGUCGAGAAAUAAUAAAACUGCCAUCGAGCGUCGAGAGGGUGCAGCGGUGCCGAGGGUGUGUGUUGUCGGAGACGCGAGCCGAUUGGCAACGUUGGGCGACUGAAAAUAAAAGUGUUUACGGGACACCGGGGGGGGGGCCAAUCGAUUUGUCAAUAAAUAAUUAACAAACCGAGAGGAAUUAUUGACGUGAUUGCACCGAGUUUUCGUUGGUCCUGGAGGUUAUACGUGUUGAAUUAAAAUCUUGUCGGCUACGGUGUGAGCCUAGCUGUCACUUCGAUCGCCAUUUUAGCGCCGUUCAGCACGGGAAUGCGCGCCGCCGGUAGAUCCGAUUCACGACUGGAGGACAGUGAACGCGAGUGUGUGACUGUGAGACGUGUUCAUACCUGUUUUUAUUUGUUGAUUGUCGAUAACAAUUAAUAGAUCAGUCAUUAGUGGUGAUAUAAAUCGAGUUGAGGUGAAUUUUCUAAGGAAUUUUAUUAAUUUGUUGAGCAAUGGAGAGGUUUGCUCGUGAAAAAUAGAGGGGAUUGGUAAUAGCAGGCAGGAAAAGUGCCGGAUUGUUUGCAGUAUCCCGGGUUUACAUUUUGUCCCUGUGUUGUGAAAAGGGCACGGCCUCUACAUUUGUUUCAUUCUCCUUCAUUCUGCCCUUUUCUCACGCCCCUUCGGCAAUAACCAACGGAGCGGACUCCAGUGCUGUGGAUUCUCGAUACAACAGACGACUUUUUCGAGAAUUUUCGUUUAAAAGUGGAGUUUUCAAUUGAAAAAAGGGGAGUUUAAUUCUUGGAUGAACCGAUGGUGCCAUUCGAGUCAUGCUAGCUGUCAAUAAUACCACUCGGGAGGGACUCAACGUGCCUCGUUGUCACGUACGAGUUUAACCUCUCUCGUGACGUUUUUUUUUUCGGGGGCUCAUGUGUUUCCACUGGUGCGCUCUUAUCCACGAGUGACGGCAUACAGCCUCGAUUAUCUCGAAUAUUUUCGAUCCGUGGGGUGGGAUCGACCUUUUAUCGUAGACAACCGGCGCGUCGUGACAGGAGAGAGUGAGAGAGAGACCACGAGGUUCGCCGUGUCGGUGAUUGGAGUGAGGAAAAUUUGAGGAAAUUGAUAAAACGAGGAAACGAGUGAUUUCAGUGUGUGCAUAUCUGUGAACAUUUUUUAUACAAGAGAUCGUAAAUCUUACGUAAAUCGUCGAUCGUGAGAUUUAUUAUAAAUUUUUUGUCCAUUGUUGUGUGAAGUGAAGUGCAUUCUGUGGGGUUUUAAUGGAAUUGGUGGAUUGCGGAGAGAAGUAACGAGACAAUCGUUGUUUUGAGUUGGUGAGGGAGACGGGGUUGUUUGGAGUAUUUUUUUUGUCGUCUGGCCGUUGACUCACACCUGAGUCCAGUGUUUGGGGUCACGGUAGACACAUCACAGGCCCUCUGACGUAAUUAUUUAUUAGAAACGGAAUUAAAAGGUGGGAAAGAAAGAGAGAGUUGGGUGACAGCUACUUCGGGGAAUUCGGGGGAGGCAUCCGGGAAAUAUAAAUAAUAAUCGUAAAUAAAGUGAAUAGUAGUGUGUGGGUGAGAAGUACCGGUGGAGCUGUGGUGUAAGGGUCGCGUGUUAUCGGCCACAGCGAAAUAUCCUAUGGUAAAAGUGCUUAAUCAGCUCCGUGGAUAAGGGGUUGUUACCUUUUCAAGUGUGUAAAGGAUCGAAGGCAACGGGGCCGCGCGAGAUGAUUCUGCGCGUCUGAAGGAGAGACAAGGAGAGCACGAUUUCACGAAGGAAAAGCGCUGGAGGCCGAAAGAAUAAGAAACACAAGUGGAUCUCCAAGAAAUUCCUUCUGCAAGUGGCGGAAGUGGUGGGGGACGGGUAACCCGUCCCGUAGUAUAGUAAGGUAGUUUAGAAUAAUUUCGGAAUUGAGCGGGUAAACGGGGGACCAAAGGAGAGUAAAGUGGAUAGCAAACGAUGAUGAGUAUUAAACUUGAAUUUCGAGGGCUACCGCCUCUCCUCACACUGCUCAUUGGCAUAACAAUUCUACUCCAAAUGCCAAAAAUAAGAGCCACCUCAUCGGACAUUGUCCAUCAAUUUUACGAUGCCGAUGUUCAACGAAUGAAUCACCUUGUUGUUGAUAAAAAUACUGGACGAGUUUACGUUGGUGCUGUUAAUCGUUUGUACCAAUUCUCCCCUGAUUUGAAUCUUGUGGUGAAGGUGGUGACUGGACCGCAGGACGACGCACUGACAUGCUCGAGUUUGGAUUGUCCUCGUGAAGCUGUUAAAGGUCUAGUUGACAAUGUCAAUAAAGCACUUGUCAUUGAUUACACAACCUCACGACUAAUAUCCUGCAACAGUUUGUUCCAAGGCACUUGUGAUGUACGAAACAUUCACAAUAUCACUGAUGUUGUCCAGAAGGUCAAAGAGGCUGUGGUUGCUAAUAAUGCAACAGCAUCAACAGUGGCAUUCAUAGCACCAGGACCACCAAAUCCACCGGUGUCACAGGUCAUGUAUGUCGGUGUCACGUACACUGGUAACUCACCGUACAGGUCAGAAGUGCCAGCUGUCAGUUCUCGUUCACUCGACAAAGACAAGAUGCUGAACAUUGCUGAAUCAGCAGUCACAACUGGCACCAGAAUCUACGUUAAUUCAUUGUCACGUGAGCGCUAUCCCAUUAACUAUAUCUAUGGAUUCAGUAGUGAGGGAUUCAGUUAUUUCUUUACAACACAGCUGAAGGAUACGGAAGCAUCGAAUUACAUAUCCAAACUCGUUAGACUUUGUCAAGAUGAUAUGCAUUAUUAUUCGUACACUGAGAUACCAGUUGAGUGCAAGAAUGAGGGGAGAAAUUAUAAUCUAGUGCAGGCAGCUUACGUUGGCAAAGCUGGCUCUGUACUUGCUGGUGCACUUGGAAUAACAGCUCAGGAUGAUGUUUUGUAUGCUGUGUUUGCGGAGAGUGAUGCACCAACUAGUCCGAGGCCAAGUAAUCAUUCUGCACUGUGUGUUUAUACGCUGAAGAAUAUCAGAAGAAAGUUUAUGAGGAAUAUACAGAAGUGCUUCAGUGGUGAUGGACAACGUGGUCUUGAGUUUAUAUCGCCGAGUCACAAAUGCGUUCUUACGAAACUGCAAACAAUCGCCGAGGACUUCUGCGGCCUCGACGUAAACACACCAUUGGGCGGACAGGAGCCAAUGACCGCUGUUCCGGUGUUAACAUUCAAUACACUAUUGACCGCCGUAGCAGCAACAUCAACUGGCGAUUUUACCGUAGUUUUUAUUGGCACGCAACACGGUCAUCUGAAAAAGGUCGUAGUUGAGAGUGCAAGCGGUGCCCAGGAGUACGGUGACCUGGAGAUUGACGCUGACUCACCCGUGAACCCUGACCUCCUCUUCGACUCUCAGCAGCCACCGAUGCAUCUCUAUGUGCUAACCGAGAAGAAAGUAUCAAAGGUGAAGGUGCAGGAAUGCUCAGUUUAUAAAACCUGCUGGGAUUGCUUGGGCGCCAAGGAUCCCUACUGCGGCUGGUGCUCACUGGAGAACAAGUGUAAUCUCCGGAGUGACUGUCAGGACGCUGCCAACGACCCACUCUACUGGAUAAGCUACAAGAGUGGCAAGUGCACAACGAUAACAACUGUAACGCCGGAUCAGCUCCAGAAAACGACAGCCAGAACUCUUGAUCUUGUCAUUGAUAAUCUGCCGACAUUGAAUGGAGAUUUCCUCUGCGCGUUUUCGGCCCUCGAUAAGACACUUAUCACCAAUGCCACGCGGAAAUCGUAUGGGGUCAAUUGCACAACACCUAGGACUGAUCUACUGCCGUCGAUACCAGCUGGACAUCAUCACUUCACAGCUAAACUGUCCGUCAGAAUGACCAAUGGGCCUGAUCUUGUCGCCACCAAUUUUACCUUUUUCGAUUGCAACACUUACUCGUCGUGCACGGAGUGCGUCUCAUCGAGCUUUCCCUGUGAUUGGUGUGUCGAUGGACACAGGUGCACCCACGACACAGCCGCCAAUUGUCGUAAUGACAUACUCGUCACUGGAGUCAGUAGGAUGGGACCGAGUUACAGAAGUGGACCUGCAUUCUGCCCGACGAUAAAUGCUACCGACUCGCAGGAGAUUCUUGUGUCUUCGGGAAUUAAAAAACCUAUUCGGGUUAAAGUUCAUAUCAUAGGGCAAUUCAUCAUCCAAACCCGAUUCGUCUGUCAAUUCAACAUCGAGGGCCGAGUGACGAGCGUCAAUGCUCGCCUCCUGGCCGACACAAUCUACUGCGACGACAUGGAGUUCUCCUACACCUCGCGAACCCCCAACAUAACCGUCCCCUUCGCUGUAAUCUGGGGCGGCUCCAAACCCCUGGACAACCCCGACAACAUCCACGUGGUGAUCUACCGCUGCCGAGACAUGGCAGACAACUGCGGAAUGUGCCUGGCAAUCCCUCCGAAGUACGGCUGUGGCUGGUGCCAGAGUACAGACAGAUGCGAAGUCAAAGACCAGUGUGGCAGGGGCUCCGGAAUCUGGCUGAAUCGAAAUCAAACCUGUCCGAAUCCCGAGAUCCACUCCUUCGAGCCCAUGAUGGGACCCUGGGAGGGCAACACAAACGUCACAAUUCGGGGCAUAAACCUCGGUAAAACCUUCAACGACAUCUACGCAGGAGUGACAGUAGCUGGAGUUCCUUGCCAACCUUACGAGCAACUUUACAUUCGAACGAAGCAGAUUACGUGUAGGGUGGAUGGGCCGGGCUCGAAGAAGCUGGAAGUCGGGCCAGUUAUCGUGAAGAUCGAAAACUACAGAGGACAGUCUAAGGAAAACUACGAGUUUGUGGAUCCAGUGAUCGAUAAUAUCUCACCUAGAUACGGCCCCAGAAGUGGAGGAACGAUCGUAAAGAUAACCGGCAAGUACAUGAACGCGGGAAGUGAAAUCCGCGUAACGAUUGACGAGCUCGCCUGCUCAGUGAUAUCCGCCGAGUUCAACGAAACCCUCUGCAUGACCUCCGCGAGCAACAUAAACCGAAACGGAACCCUCCUGAUGACGUUCGACGGUAGAAACCGAACCUACAACGGUUACUUCGAGUACGUCGACGAUCCGACGAUCGAGUCAGUGGAGAGUGGAGUCGCAGGACAGAUGAAGAUCCCGAAGGGAAUCCCAGCGGGUGGAAUCAAGAUCUCGGUCACUGGAAAGAACCUGGGCUACAUCCAGAAUCCCCAGAUGUACGUGUACUACGAUGAGAAGAUGUUCGUCUCCCGUUGCGAUGUGCUGAGUCAAACGAGCAUGGACUGUCGUUCCCCCUCGAUCGAAGUGCCUGAGAACGUGGGCCUCGAUGCAGAGCGUCCCCUCGCCCUUGAGUACGGCUUCAGGAUGGACAACGUCACUGGGGUGCAGAACCUCUCCCAAAACGGUUUCAAUCACUUCCUGCUGUAUCCAAAUCCAAUCUACGACGAGUUCGAUGAGGAAGUCAAGUACUACAAGAGUGACUACUUGACGAUCAACGGACAGCAUCUGGACAGGGCGUGUCAGGAGUCCGAUGUGAUCGUGCAGAUUGGAAGUACCUACUGCAAUGUGACGUCGUUGUCUAGGCAACAGCUGACCUGCAGACCCCCUCCAUCGCAGCCUCCUGCCUUGAGCGCUGAGGGGCUGCCUGACAAGCAGGAACUCCCUGAAGUGAUUGUCAUCGUUGGAAACACCUUGAGGUUCAACAUUGGGAAACUGAGCUAUGCUCUGCCCGCUGGACUCAACGGACCCCUCUCCAGACCUGCUCUCAUCGGCGUCAUCGCUGCAAUCAUCAUCCUCGUGUUCAUCUUCAUCGCCUUCUUGAUCGCCUAUAGGAGGAAGUCGACUGAGAGCAAUCGAGUCCUCAAGAACAUGCAGGAGCAGAUGGACAUACUUGAGUUGAGAGUUGCUGCCGAGUGCAAGGAGGCAUUCGCGGAAUUGCAGACUGAGAUGACUGAUCUCACUGGGGAUCUCACCAGCGGUGGCAUUCCAUUCCUCGAUUACAGGACUUAUGCCAUGAAGAUUCUGUUCCCUAAUGUGGAUAAUCAUGUUGUUCUCCAGUGGGACAGACCUGAGCUGCAGAGGAAGGAGAAGGGGCUGAGGCUCUUUGGACAGCUCAUUAUGCAUAAGACGUUUCUGCUGCUGUUUGUGAGGACUCUCGAGAGCAAUCGGUACUUCUCGAUGAGGGAUAGGGUCAAUGUCGCUAGUUUGAUCAUGGUUACGCUGCAGAGUAAGAUGGAGUACUGCACUGAUAUUCUGAAGACUUUGCUUGCUGAGCUUAUUGAGAAGUGCAUGGAGGGCAAAAGUCAUCCGAAAUUAUUGCUGAGGAGAACGGAGAGUGUGGCUGAAAAAAUGCUAUCCGCAUGGUUCACGUUUCUUUUGUACAAAUUUAUGCGAGAGUGCGCUGGCGAGCCACUCUACAUGCUGUUCCGUGCUAUGAAGCAGCAGGUUGACAAGGGCCCUGUUGAUUCAAUCUCCUCCGAAGCCCGUUAUUCACUCUCAGAGGAGAAACUCAUAAGACAGUCUAUUGACUUUAAACCAAUGACUGUCUUCGUGACAAUUGCUCAGCAGACGGUGUUCAGCAAUCUUGAUCCUACAACGGAGAAUGUGCCAGUCAAGCUACUUGACUGUGACACAAUUUCUCAAGUGAAGGAGAAGGCAUUAGACACUAUUUAUCGUGCCACUCCGUACAGCCAACGGCCGAGAAAAGAGGAUCUUGACCUCGAAUGGCGAACAGGUGCAUCAGGAAGACUGAUCCUCUACGACGAGGACACGACAACGAAGACAGAGGGUGAAUGGAAAAAACGAAAUACUCUGAAUCACUACAGAGUGCCAGACGGUGCAUCACUGAGUUUAGUCUCAAAACAAUCAUCCAUCUACAAUCUUUCGAUAUUGUCAGAGAAAACUGACAAAUCACACAAGUACGAAACGCUCAAUCUAAGUAAAUUUAGCUCAGCGAGUCCGCCAUUGUCACGUGCCACAUCGCCCCUCAAUCACGAUCACGAUGGGGGGCUCAAGGUUUGGCAUCUGGUGAAGCAUCACGAUACAGAUGCCCAGAAGGAGGGUGAACGCGGCAACAAGAUGGUCUCGGAGAUCUAUCUGACGAGGUUACUUGCCACCAAGGGUACACUCCAAAAAUUCGUCGAUGAUCUUUUUGAAACAAUAUUCAGUACUGCACAUCGUGGAUCUGCACUGCCACUAGCCAUUAAAUACAUGUUUGAUUUCCUCGAUGAUCAAGCCAUUCAUCAUGGCAUCUCUGAUCCCGAGGUUGUACACACGUGGAAGAGCAAUUCACUUCCACUCAGGUUUUGGGUCAAUCUCAUUAAAAAUCCAAACUUUGUGUUUGAUAUACACAAGUCGAAUAUUGUGGAUUCCUGUCUCUCUGUUGUUGCACAGACGUUUAUGGAUAGCUGUUCGACGUCGGAUCAUAGGCUAGGCAAAGACUCACCGAGUUCCAAGCUGCUUUACGCAAAAGACAUUCCAGCGUACAAAGAGUGGGUAGAGCGUUACUACUCGGAUAUUAAAACCAUGCCGGCAAUAUCUGAUCACGAUAUGAACGCAAUGUUAGCUGAAGAGUCAAGAUUACACACGACAGAGUUCAACACGAAUUGUGCCCUGUACGAGCUCUACACAUACGCAGGAAAGUACAACGAACAAUUAAUAGUGACCCUCGAGGAGGACGAAUUCUCCCAGAAGCAGAGAUUGGCGUACAAACUCGAGCAGGUGCACAAUAUAAUGGCGGCGGACGCUAAUCCCUGAUGUCCCGUUAUACCAACCAAGUAUCCGACAAAGCCCAGGCACGAGUGGCCCUGCUGAGAACCUGUCGACACUUGGUUACGGAUUCAAUUGCCAUAAAAAAUGUAAUUCAAAAACGAUUAAACGUGGCCUAAAGCUAUCAAUGAACGUUGUGACGUCGACUCCAAGACAACAGAGGAAAGGACAAUUGAAGAAAAAUCAAUGUUUCCCAUCGGUUUUAUUUAAUUUCGAUAAAACUGAAGCAAAUUGUUUUACAAUCGUCCCAAUUUUGUGAUUUAAUACGUGAGAAAAAGUGAGAAGUGAGAAAUUAACUCACCUUGAAUUAAUUAAGAUGAUGAAGUGCGCGCAACGUUCGAAAAGAAAUUGUGUAUCGAAAUAAUAAUAGGUGUUUCAUAAAUGAAUAAUUAACAAAGGAAUGAAAUAAAUUUUAAAUAAAAAAAAGCACAUACGACAAAGUCUUCUGGAAGGCCGCUGGCUGGCAGGUGUGACUAAUUAUCAUCGCACUUACCAGAUAAUUGUAAAUAAUAUACCAAAUUAAUUUAAAUAAAAAAUGAUAUUGCAAUAGGAUUACAAUUAAAAUCACGCUCACACUCCGGCGGCCGACGAAUAUAUCGUCAUUUAAAAUCAAUAGUCGAUCGUCGAAUUGAUGGCGAUGAGAGAUCUUACGAUCAAGGGUUUUUAAUGAAAAAAAAAUUAUUUGGGUAUGAUAAUUAUCACUGAUUAAAUGAUGAAUGAAUGAGAUUAUUUGUAAAUCAGUCGUUCAUAUAUUGAAUUUGUAAAUUGUGCAACUGAUCUAUCCGCGCCACGUGCCCGAUGUCAGCGACUGACGACUGAUGAUUUAAGGAAAAUGGUGAAGAUUUUUAAAAGAAACACAAACAUUUCCAUCCAAGCAUCGAUUAAAGGCGAAUUGAUAGGCUGGGAAUUAGAGUUGAGGAGAAAAUACGAAAUGAGUGAAAUGUAAAUGCCGAUUAGUCUCGUUAAGGGGAGACUCAUGUGUUUUAAAAGCCUCAUACGUUAAAGAUCGAUCAUAUGUGAAUAAAAACGACGAAUAAGUAUAAUAAAAUAAUUGUUUAUUAUUCUUUUGCCCUGCAGACGCUGAAAACGUUAAAAAUGGCCGCAUGGCUUCAAUUUUUAUGCUACAAAUAUUUUUUUUUCGUUAAAAAAAAGUGUAGAAACACAAUUACGAAUUACUUUUCUUUAAUGUGACGUCUAAAUAGCUAACUUCGUUUUUGUUAGCCAGUAAAACAUUUUUCUAACAUUUCCUAUUCGUUUCAGACAGCAAAAAAAUUUUUAAAAUAAAAAAACAAUUAUUUAAACAAAAACAAAAUUACUUGCUUAGUUCAAUAAUUUAAAAAAACUGUAGCUUAAAAAUUAAGGAUACUAGACUAUCACUGACAAUUCAAACGAACACUAAAUAAUUUUUUUGCACUAAUUCUUUAUUCUCAUACAUAUAUAAUCGAUCUUCAGUGGGAUAUGUUAUUAACUCAUAGUAGUCUCCCCUUAACGAGUGAUUUUAGGAGAAAUUGUCACAAGACCUUUUUCACGAGGAAUUGAAUUUCGAACAAAAAAUGUCUUUUCACAUUUCCCCCUGGAGUCCAUAAUUUCCGAGAUAAUCGCAAAAUUCCAUCACUCGAAUGAAAAAAAAAAUAUUGACUGGUCCGAAUUCACCGGAUUGCGAUAAAUAAAUGUACGAAAAAGAAACUAGUUAAAUAAUUGAUAUGAAAAAAUAUAUAUAUAUAAGAUUGGAUGGUCAUUAUGUAUAUGUGUACAUACAUACACUUUAAUCAAAUGCUCGGCGCAUUGAAGAAAUUAAUAAUUGAUAAUUAAUAAGAAAAACGCAUGUGUAUGUAUAUAUGUGUGCGUGCUGUGCCCUUCCGUAAACAAAAAACAAUGAUGAAUAAUAUUGUCGCGAAUAUAAAUAUAUAUUAUAUAUAGACGCACACACAUUCGAGGAUAAGACGGGGAGAAUACGAAAAAAAGAUUUAAAAAAAGUACGUGAGAUAAACGUGAACAAAAAAAUAACAGUGGAAUAAAAUCUUUUUCGAGAGUAAUGAGAUGGUGUAUUAGUUGAUAGGUAAUUUUACUACAAAUAAAUGAGUAAAUAAAUAAAUUGAUAUGGACUUAUGGUCACGCGCGCGCGAGGCCAGCUCGAUGUGACGGUUGUGUUGAGUGUGCGUGCUUCCCUCUUCCUAAUGAAAAAAAUAAAUUCCGAUUGAAUACGUCCCAUUUCCCCUUCCUCAUCCACUUCCUGACCCUAAGAAAUAUUUGAAUGCUGGCGAAAACUCUGACAUUUGAUGGAAAUAUACAGGGGAGAGUGGAGUAAACCUUUGACUUGUACAAAUACUCAUGACUCAGGAACAAAUUAAGCUGUUGAGCUCAAUGUGAUUCAAUUUCAUGCGCAAUUCAAUGAGUUAUUGACAUUGAAGAGAAAAAAGUCAAGUGUCUAUCAAGCACAGAAUUAUUCAGAACAGAUUGAGUGACAUAUAAUUGGACUGAAUAAAUUAAAUCUGAGUUUUGAAUGGAAGAUUGCAAAAAAUAUUUUUGCAGAGAUGAAUAUCUUGGGUGAAUACUCAUCUCAAGGAAUUAAGUUUGUGGGAAAAAAUGAUGAUGACGUGAUCGAAAAUGUCGAGUUUCAUUCUCUCAUUUUUUCCUUCAAGAACAAUUAUUUUCUAUAAACUGAUAUUCCCUUUGCAGUGAGUAUUCAACUUAAAUACUCAUUGGGAAUAUUCAUCAUUCAAUACUUAAACAUUAUUUAUUUCGUCCAACAGCAUACAACUCAAUCUGCCGAAUGAUUCUGAAACGAAAAAUAUCUCUCGAGCAAAAAGUGUAUAUUUCUCCCAAACCAUGAGUUUUCCCCCCAGUGGAGUUGAAUAAAAUUAAAGUAAAUAACAAAAAUCUGCCAUAUAUUCUUUCAAUAUCAUCGAAUCAUCAUCAUCAUUAUCAUUAUCAUUAUCAUUAUCAUAAUUCAUCAAUACUCGUCGCCUGUAAUUGUCAUCAAUGCUCAUUAUUGUAAUAAAAUGAAAGAUACGCGACAGUUUCUCGUGUUACUAAAGAAAAAAAAAUUCACCUCUAAAUACUCCUAAAUGAAAACAUAAAAAAAAACAAAGUACCACCUUUUGUGCCACUCCUAAAUAUGCUUCAACGCCUCCGUCGUCAUGUUGUUGUCACUCUUAAUUAAUUAAUUGUAAUAUAAAUAAUGGAAAUAAUGAAAAGAUAAAAAAAAUCACUGUUGAGUAUUGUCAUGAUUGUAAUACAUUGAUAUUGAAUUGAUAUGAAUUGAUAAUCAUUAAUUAAACGUAAAAGGAAAGAAUAACAACAAUUAAACUCUGUGGAUGUAGCCAUAUACGAUUCAGUGUGACAGAAUAAUUUGUUUUUUAUAAAUUCAUUCUUCUUUCCAUUCAUUCUCUCUUAUGAUUAUCCUCAUUUCAAUAUUUUUAUUGAUUUCAUGGGUGCGAAUUCGGACGCGGUGCGAAUGGAUCGGUGCGACUGUAUGAUUUUUUCUCAAAUUGUGUGAUUGUGUGUGUCAAAAAGUGCGUCAAUUUCAAUGUGCAGUUGUUCGUGGAGAAAGUAUUUAUUGCUCAAAAAUGAAUAAUGAAAAAUGAAGGCGAAGAUGAGAGAACAUUGAUGAGAAAAUUGAGAAAAUUGGGGGAUAAGGAGAAAUGGUAACGAGUGGGUAAGACAGGUGAAAUAAAAUCGAAUGGAAAAGGACAGUGAGGGGGAGGUGAUUAUGGGCACUGAGAACAAUAUGAAACUUUUGAGGUGAUCGAGGCCAGUUUGUAAGAAAUCUCUAGUGAAGGGGUAAAACGUCAUUUUCGUUAAAAACAAGUACCUUUGGGGGAAAAUGAAAGAGCUUUUUGUAGCUGACGAAAUUUGCCGUCGAAAAAUUCUUCUAGGGGGAGACUACUCUGAGUUUUGAUCAAUUAUACAUGUAUAUGUUAAGAAUGAGUGCAAAAGUAAUAAUUGUUUAUUGUUCUUCGAAAAUUAGUCCAGUGUAGAAUCAUAAUUACGUAUUAUUUUUUAUUCGACCUCUAAAUAGCCGAAUUAUUCAUACAAUACAGCCAGCAAAUGCAUUCUCAGAAUCUUUAUAGUAUUUUUUUAUUUGUUUCAGAUCGCAGAACAAUAAUUCAAAAAAUAAAAAAAUCCACAUGAAUAAUUUAAC